UUUUUUUUUAAUACAUAAUAUGAAAGCAACUUGAUAGAUUUAUACCUGGUUAUUGCAAAGUUCAUACCGCAAGAAUGAAAUUGCAAAGUUUCGAAGGACAUGUCGCCGUUUUUCUUCUACUGGCGUUAGUCAGAGAUGUAUCGGGAGCUUCAGAAACUUAUGACUGUUGGAAUACGGCUGAUCUUGGGGCAAGUUACCGAGGAAAGAUGGCUGUCACAAAUUGUGGAAAAACUUGUCAACGAUGGGAUUCGCAGAGCCCGCAUAAGCAUACAAGAACCAAUUGCACUUAUCAACAUUCUGAUCUGAUAGAAAAUUACUGCAGAAAUCCGGAUGCAGAAGAUUUCGGACCCUGGUGUUACACUACAGAUGAAGGGUCGCGGUGGGAGUACUGUCCCAUACCCAAAUGCAAUGAGACAAAUUCCAAUACAAAUGAAACUGUCAUUCCAACAUCUCUCCCGCUUUGGAACGAUGAUACAUGUUAUACACCGGAUGAUCUUGGGAGAAGUUAUCGUGGAAUCCUAGCGGUUUCAGAGAGUGGGCGGACUUGUCAACAAUGGGAUUUGCAGGCCCCACACGCUCACACUAGAACCGUAUGCAAUCACCCCGAAUCUGGAUUGAUAAACAAUUACUGCCGCAAUCCCGAUAAUGAACCAAACGGACCAUGGUGCUACACAACGGAUCCAGAGAAGAGAUGGGAAUAUUGUGAAAUACCAAUGUGCUAUCCUGCGUCAACUACACCAACUCCCAAACCAACAACAACAGCAAGUACGACGGAACCUGCCACAACAGCGCCAUACGAAGAAAGAGCUUUGAACACAGCAGUGGAAUGUUUCACAGCAGAAGAUCUUGGUCAAAGUUAUAGGGGACUUGUCUCUGUUUCCAACACUGGGAGAAAUUGCCAGAGAUGGGACGCACAAGCACCACACAGUCAUUCUAGAACUGCAGAAAUCUAUCCUCAUUCUGGAUUAGUAAACAACUUCUGCAGAAAUCCUGAUGCAGAACCAUUGGGACCUUGGUGUUACACAACAGACUCGGAUAAACGUUGGGAAUAUUGUCCAAUACCGAAGUGUGAAUUUGAAACAUGCUUUGCCACGGAGGACAAAGGUGCGAGUUAUCGUGGACAAAUAUCAAUCACAAAAACUGGAAGAAUAUGCCAGCGAUGGGAUUCGCAAACACCACAUGCUCAUACAAGAACAACCUGUACAUAUGCGUUAGCUGGACUGGACAACAAUCAUUGUCGCAAUCCCGAUGGGGAACCCGGCGGACCAUGGUGCUACACGACUGACCCCAACACUAGGUGGGAGUAUUGUGCGAUACCAGAAUGUUCAUGGUUGUCUAAUGCAGCAUCGGCACAGAAUAUGACCUUGGUAAAAGUACUUGUCCCGGUCUUUCUCAUUUUACUUUUGAUCUGCAUUUUGGUUCUUGUCUACGUGUACAGAGGAAAAAUCUUUAUUCAAAAACAACAUCAUCGAGCAGUACGCCUGGCAGAAGAUGGAGACGAGCAAAGAAUCGUUCUUUAAAAUAAAAUCCCGAGCCUCUGCGAGAGUCAUGUAUUAUAUUGUUCUGGCAUAAACAGAUAUCUCGAGUCUCAAAGAUUUACAGCUGCAACUAUACACAUUGUUUUUGAUUCACUCAGCUACUUUCAUUGCGUAAUCUUCUUGUAAUAUUUGAAAAAGUAAGAAUAAAGAAAGUGAUUUUUGUUAUACAGAUAAAAAGACGAGGUGUUAAACAUGUUUGUUUGUAUUAUCAUAUUAUCUGCAACAUCCUGCAAAUCAGUAUAUUUGAACUCCGAAGAAUAUAUAGGAGAGUUUCACCCUAUAAAACCAUAGUUCAUACGAAUUGCAUUUAUUGUAGCAAUUUUUGACCUAUUUUCUCUAAUUUCAUUCUCAAUACAAUUCUUUUGACUCUACCUAGAGCUUCAUAAACUAUUCGUAAAAUUCAA